AAAUACAACGGUUAAUAUGCAUGUGUUCGUAUCAUAUAUAACGCACGAAUGCACGUAUCAAUUAGUAAAUAAGUAUAUCUAUAAGGAAACUUUCGAGCUGUCAAAAGUAAAUCACGCACAAACAGCCGGUUACUCAAAUAUUUAUGCAUUUACAAUGAAUGUACAAUAGUAGGGGCAUUAUAUACAUUAAUUUAAGACAGUUUGGUAUAAAUAUUUACAACAAUUAUGCGCCACCUAACAACAUUGUUAUUGUUAUUUAUUUGCGCGAGAGCGAGAAAUCAUUUUGAUGUAGAUCCACUGAAAACGAUUAUCUGGGGUCCAGGACUGAGCCCAACAGAAAUUACCAUGCGUGCCAGAUAUUUCUUCCUACAACUUGUAGACUUAGAUGGAAGAAAUUUAACAGAAUCUCCUGGUGAAAAUAUAGUCACUGGGCAAGUAUAUGGACAGUCUCUUAAUAAUGUACCAUGUCGAAUAUGGACUCAAAUUUUUGACUGUAAAGAUGGAAGUUUUAUUGUACGCUACAAAGUUUUUAAUACUUGUUCUAACAUUAAUAUUAAAAUAAAAAUUAAGGGAAAAGAAUUACCAUUGUCUCAUUCAAAAAUCAAAGGUCCUGUUUAUGAGGAGGAAUGUUACUGUCCAAAUCCAUCAAUCAUUAAUUGGCUAUAUCAUUAUCAGUGUCGACAAAAUUACACUCAAAUACAUAAUGAUCUCUCUCCAUUUUUGAAUAUUGACUUUGAUAAAAUACGCCACAGUAUUAUCAAAAGAUAUGAUCAACCAACCAGUGUUAGCAUUUGUCAUUAUGUAUUGAGAUCCAACAGAAUUUACAGGCGAUGUUAUGGUCAAUAUGUUGGCUUUAAAAUAUUUAUGGAUGCUAUAUUGUUGUCGCUUGCACGUAAAGUGGUAUUGCCAGAUAUUGAAUUCUUUGUAAAUCUGGGCGAUUGGCCGCUCGUCCCUGAUACAGGCCCGCUUUAUCCUAUCUUUUCAUGGUGCGGAUCUGACAAUACGAAAGACAUUGUUAUGCCUACAUACGAUAUCACAGAAUCAUCCCUGGAAGCAAUGGGAAGGGUAAUGUUAGAUACACUCUCCGUACAAGGUAACACUGGACUGUCAUGGAAGAACAAGACUGAACAAUUAUUUUGGCGUGGACGUGAUUCCAGAAGGGAACGGCUAAAUUUAAUAGAUAUUUCAAGAAAGCAUCCAGAGCUUUUCAAUGUCUCUAUUACUAAUUUCUUUUUCUUUAGAGAUGAAAUGGAUAAAUAUGGACCUGUGCAAAACCACGUAUCGUUUUUUAAUUUCUUUAAGUACAAGUACCAACUGAAUAUUGAUGGCACAGUAGCAGCAUAUCGAUUCCCAUAUUUACUUGCUGGAGAUUCUUUGGUAUUUAAGCAAGAAUCCAAUUAUUAUGAAUUUUUCUACAAAGAUCUUACACCUGGAUUACAUUAUGUACCUGUAAAAAGCGAUCUCUCGGAUCUUGUUGAUAAAAUUAUAUGGGCAAAGGAACAUGAUGAGGAUGGAUUGAAGAUUGUUAAAUCUGCGAGACAAUUUGCAAGGGACAAUUUAUUACCACGUGAUAUAUUAUGUUACUAUACAGUUUUAUUUCAUGAAUGGAGUAAACACUUAAAGAGUAAAGUUGAGAUACUAGAUAACAUGGAAGAAGUACCACAACCUAAUCAUUCUUGUCAAUGUCAUUUUAGCAAUUUAAACUUUAAAGAUGAGUUGUAAAAUUUAAUAACAUCUUCUUUUUUUAACAUCUUUCUAUUAUUAAUUAUUACAAUGGAAACCAACAUUACCAUACGAAUAUCAUGUGUGUGCAUCGAUUUAUUAAGAUUUCAUAUCUAUCAUCACGUAUGGGUGUGUAUGUACCAAAAAUAAAAAAGAAAUAUAAACAUCAAAGACAAUUUGAA